AUGAGAGAAAAAAAGAGCAGGACAUGGCGGGAAAAGGAGGACAAAUUGGACUUGAAUCCCGGAGAUCUGUCAUCGAUUUGGUAUCUCAACAUGAGAAACCUGUUUUCCAGACUCAUCAAGACAUCUCGCAAGUCAGGAUCUGGUGCUGCAGAGCGAACAGCAAGACAGGAAUGGAUUGUGAACAAAUUUGAAUUCAUCCGGCCAUACCUGGUUCAGUUGCGUCAUCAGAGAGGAUCCAAUUUUGCUGAAAAGAGGAAGGAGCUUGCCCCAGAGGAAACAGAUGAUGAUGGUGAUGCCGCUUCUGAUUUGUCAGCACCAUCAACUUCAUCUGGAGGCGGUCAAAAAGCAGCUAGUGCAAUCUCCUCGCUGACAUCUGAGUUGGAGUCCGUGCGUGGUGCCAUUACAGGUGCACGGGAUGCAGCUUCUCAGAGUGGCCAGUUUUUGGUGUACUUGAUGCGCCAAAUGGGUCAGCAAAGGAUGAAUUCGUUCAUCACCCGAGUCACUAGACAGGCUCUCGACCUUGUGGAUGAGAGCCGAGGGGAGAAAUUGCUGCCUACGCGUCCUCCUGCAUCUACGUUCAUCAACUUCUUCUUUUUCGAGCUGAACCACAGCCAUUACCCUGUUUCUCUGGAGCUCUAA